GGAAGACAACCCAGCUCGUAUGAUGUUUAUUCAACAUCUCGUGGACGACAGAACAGAAAGCUCACACUCUUAUAUUGAAUUCCUUCAGUUUCUCAAAACUCAAAUAAAGUAGGAAUUUUAAUCGAAUGUAAGUAUGGAAGGAAGGGAAGUGCAAUUUCUUUGAAUUUCUAAAUCUGCAUCUCAUUUUGAGUUAUGGUAUGUAGCCAAUUAUUUAAUACUGUUCAGUGUUGAAAAAAUAGCAGUUAGUGGCACUGGAUUAUAAAGUUGUAUAAAAAAAAGGUGCAUGCAGGCAGUUUCUGGGCAAGGCAGAUAAAACUGAAAAAUUGUUAUAUCCACUGAUAGUUACCAAGUUUUAAGGGGAUAUUAGUGGUUUCAUUUCUUUUAUAACUACGGAUCUUGAAGAUUUGUAAACUGUAGGUGUUGAAGAUCUGGUUUUGCAUUGGACAGUUGUAAUUUGAUUCCUGUGGUCUGCCAAUUCAUUUUAUAACAUACCUUCAUUGUAUGGAGAAAAGUUUUUAUGUGAUCAGUAGUAGUCAAAGAUUUUGAGAGACAUUCUAUUUUAAAGCUAUCAGGUAUAUGUAUGAUAGGUUAUCCUGUAUACAAGUGAAAAAUAUCUAUAUUGUCUUUCUUUACUAUCCAGAUUGUAGAUUUUGUAUGUGGGUUUGCUGGUAUUUUUCAAAUUUUAUAUUUGAUAGGAUGCAUUAUAUUUUAAAUAGUGCAGAGAAACGCACUCAUAACGCAUUUUAAUUAGCCAAGAGUGAAGCGAGUAUUCAGAACAAACUGUCUUUGAAUCCAUCACCAGAUACUGUUAUUAAAAUUCAAUAGGGGCAGUUUGUUUGAAUGACCUCUGCACAUAUGGCAAUUACUUGUUUUCAUAAUGGAUUAUACAUAAAAUUAAACAGAAAAUGUAUUCAGAGUAUUUGCAACUAGUCUGUUAAUGUCAGGUUUUUCCUCUUCUAUACUAUUGGAUUUUGUUAAGCUGUUUAUUUUAUAAACACAUGUUCAACAUAAUGUUUGCAGUUGAUUCCUGGAGCAAAUUGUUAAACAUUAUACUAUUAUUUAGAAAAAUUGGCAUGCAUAAUCUCCUAGAUGGCCCCCCCCCCCAAAAAAAAAAAAAAGUGUAAUUAUCUUAUGAAUUUGGCUCUCCUGUUAAGAUAUUUAUUAUACUUUUAACUUCCUAAAAUGUCAUCUGUAAUAUGAAGGGCAGCUUCAGGAUCUUAAUCAAAAGAACUUUGCUUAAAAUUGGUAUGAUAGUCACAAGUUUGUACCUAUUUAAUGGUAAUUUAGAUUUUUAGAUGUCACUGAUAAUAAGAUUUUCAAAAGUUCAUAAAAAAUUUUUCCAACCGUCAAUUAUAUUUAAGCUUUAUUCAUAAAUGCAAUUUAUGAGAGGAAAAAUAAUGGUUAAAUAAUAAAUAAGAUUGUUGACAGUAAAUAUAUAUUUUUUUGUUUAUAA